AUCGCGCGGUGUAGCGUGGAGCCGCAAAGCGGGGGCAACCGGCACGGCAGACGCACGCUGCACCCGGCUCCGGAACCACGGCCGCUGGGAAUAAGCAAGACACGCACGCACCGGCAACAACCCGCGGCUCCGUGUAGACGACGAGAUCAGGGUGCACUUCCCGGCUGCUGCCGUUGCUCCUGCUGGCCGGAUUACGCUUAAGCUGGACAUGUCUGCCACCGCCGGAUACGACUACGACUACGCGCCAGUGUACAAGCCAACCACGGCGCCCCUGGAUCAGGCCAACGGACACGUGGCGCCCAAUGGCGCGCGACCGGAGGACGACGUGGCAGCGGCGGCGCCCGAGGGGGCCGUGCAGCUCAAGCGCCGCGUGGGCCUCCUCAGCGGCGUCGCACUCAUCGUGGGAACAAUGAUCGGUUCGGGCAUCUUCGUGUCCCCAAAGGGCGUGCUCGAGCGGUCCGGCUCCGUAGCGCUGAGUCUCAUCGUGUGGGCCGGCUGCGGCAUCCUCUCCCUCUUCGGUGCGCUGUCGCUGGCCGAGCUGGGCACCAUGAUCCACAAGUCCGGCGGCGACUUCAUCUACAUCCUGACGGCGUUCGCGGGUGACCCUCCGGCGCGCGGUGGCCUGAAGCCCGUGCCGGCCUUCCUGCACGCCUGGACCACAGUGCUGCUGCUCAAACCGGCUGGCCUGGGCAUCAUGGCGCUCAGCUUCGCUAAGUACAUCGUGCAGCCAGCCUUCCCCGAGUGCGGAGACACGCCGCCCGUGCCUACCAAGAUGGUCGCCGCCGGAUGCAUCUGCCUGGUGACGUUCGUCAACUGCUACAGCGUCAAAUUGGCCACGCGGAUACAGAAUAUCUUCACCGUCACCAAGCUCGUGGCCGUGGCGGUCAUCAUCAUCGCUGGAAUGGUCAUGAUUGGCAAAGGCCACACGCAGUACCUGGCCACUGGUUUUCAAGGGACUACCUCAUCGGUGUCUGACGUUGCCACUGCCUUUUACUCCGGACUGUGGGCUUACGACGGAUGGAAUAACUUGAACUACAUUACGGAAGAGUUGAUCAACCCUUACGUCAACCUACCCCGCUCCAUCCUGAUCGGGAUUCCCCUGGUGACUCUCUGCUACGUUCUCAUCAACGUGUCCUACAUGAGCGUCAUGUCUGCAACAGAACUGCUCGCUUCCGAAGCCGUCGCUGUGCGGUUCGGCAACCACGUGCUGGGGCCGGCGGCAGUGCUCAUCUCGCUCUUCGUUGCCGCCUCCACGUUCGGCUCUGGCAAUGGCACCACUUUCACCACGGCCAGGAUCGGUUUUGUGGCCGCUCGGGAGGGCCACCUGUCCGAAGUCCUGUCGUACGCACACGCACGGAGACUCACCCCGGUGCCAGCCCUGGCUCUUAACUGCGUCCUGUCCAUCUGCAUGGUGUCGCUGGCUGACAUCGGCAGCCUGAUCGACUUCUUCAGCUUUGCGGCUUGGAUGUUCUACGGGGCCACCAUGCUGGCCCUCAUCAUCUUGCGCUGGACGAAGAAGGACGCGCCGAGGCCCUACAAGGUUCCCAUCGUGAUUCCGUGGAUCGUAUUGCUGUUGUCCAUCUACUUGGUGGCGGCGCCCAUCAUCCAGAACCCGCAAGUGGAGUACGUCUACGCGUGCCUUUUUAUCGUCUCAGGUCUCCUUUUCUACGUGCCAUUCGUCCACUACAGGCUCCGGCUUGGCAUCAUGCGGAAAUUCACGAUCCUUGUACAACUGGUGCUCAACGUAGUGCCCACAACGUACAAAGACACAACCCAGGAUUAGGCUACGACGGCAUCGUCCCACGUGGACGAAGGGUCCCUACCCUGCACAGUUCUCCCGAUACAAGCACGAGGCGGUCGGCGGCAGAGGGCAGACGUCGACUGUGUGGAUGGUGCCCGAUACGAGCACAGGACGUUAGGGGGCAGGGGACGACGACUCCGCACGCGCGGCUGUCAAACAGGGCGCGCCUGCAAUGGACUCUUCCGAAUGGACUCUUCUUCUGCUAACCGGUGACGUCGGCAGUGCUCAGACAUGCAUUUUGUCUCAAAGACAUAAAUGAACAAGCAGCUAUCCCGUAGGCCUUCAGCGAGAAAGAUAUAUCGCCUCCCCCCCCAAUCAUUCUCCGCUUAUUUUUCCACAUAUCCCUUUAUAUAUUACCGUGCACGUCAUGUGACGUACGAAGCAAUCGUGAUGGGCAGCCUGCGCCGAGCCGGUUUUUGUGCAACAUUACAGAACAGAGUCCUUUGAAAGGACCGUCCUUUCUGCGAUAGUUGUUCUUUUUACACUUUGUGAAGAAAAAAGGAAGCGAGAGAAUUAAGCGACUGCCAGCUGGACUGAAUUAAAAUUAUGGCCCUCUUCUACUGA